AUGAGCAUGGCCGAGGACGCUGAGUGGCUGCGGUGGGUGACAAAGCAGUUUGGGAACAUUGCGGGGGAUGACAAAGAAAUAGACAUGGAAGAGUUCAAAACCGCUCUGCAAGUGAAGGAGUCCUUCUUUGCUGAGAGGUUCUUCACACUGUUCGACACGGAUGGGAGCGGGACCAUUAGUUUGGAGGAGCUGCUGAAAGCCCUGAGCCUGCUUGUGCAUGGGAAUGAGAUGGACAAGCUGAGGUUCCUCUUCCAAGUUUAUGAUGUGGAUGGCAGCGGCUCCAUUGACCCGGACGAGCUGCGUGUGGUGCUGGGGUGGUGCCUGCGGGAGAGCGCGAUUGCCCUGCCUGAGGAGCGGCUGGCAGAUCUCACCCUCGCGCUCUUCGAGGCUGCCGACAAGGACCGCAGUGGCUCCAUCACUUUCGAGGAGCUCAAGGAGGAGCUGGAGGGUUUCCCGGAGGUCAUGGAGAACCUGACCAUCAGCGCAGCGAGCUGGCUGAAGCCCCCGUUGCCUCCAGCAAGGAGCUGCCGACCGCGGCACUUGACCUGGGACUACUGGCACAACCACCGUGGCAAGCUCGCCUGCCUGGGGGGCUACACUGGCCUCAACCUGCUGCUCUUUGCCCUGGGCGCCCUGUGGCAUGCCAGCCUCGGCGGGUGGGUGGCCGUGGCCCGGGGCUGUGGGCAGUGCCUUAACUUCAACUGUGCCCUCCUGGCAGUGCUGAUGCUGCGGAGGUGCCUGACCUGGCUGCGUGCUACCCCCAUUGCCAAGGUUUUGCCACUGGACCAGCACGUUGUUUUCCACCAGCUCGUGGGGUACGUGGUGCUGGUGCUGGCAGCCAUUCACACGGGUGCCCACGUCGCCAACUUCAGCAGGAUGGCGCGGCAGGAUGGGUGCCACGGCCUCGCUGAGUACCUCCUGCGGGCCCGGCCCGGCGUGGGGGGCCUGGGAGGCACAGCCUCGCAGACCGGGCUGGCCCUCCAGGCCCUGCUGGCCACCAUGCUGGCCUUCUCCAGCCCCUGCGUCCGACGGAGCGGCCACUUCGAGGUCUUCUACUGGACCCACCUCUCCUACAUCUUCAUAUGGACCCUCCUCAUCCUCCAUGGCCCCCACUUCUGGAAGUGGUUUGUGGUUCCUGGCUGCCUCUUUGUGAUGGAGAAGGUGCUCGGCUUGGCUUGGCAGCGUGCGGGGGGGCUGCGCAUCGUGGAGGUCAACCUGCUCCCCUCCAAGGUGACUCACCUUGUGAUUGAGAGGCCACAGUUUUUCCGCUACAAGCCCGGAGACUACAUCUACCUGAACAUCCCAGCCAUCGCCAGCUACGAAUGGCACCCCUUCACCAUCAGCAGUGCCCCCGAGCAGCAAGAGACCUUCUGGCUGCACAUCAGGUCGCUGGGCCAGUGGACCAACAAGCUAUACGAAUACUUCCAGCAGCCCGAAUUGCCCAACCUGGAGCUGAAACCGCUCAGCAGGAGCCUGAGGAAGAAGAGGUGCCAGCACUGGGCGCAGGUGCCUGUGGGCGUCUCUGCCAGCCUGGGGGCCACCCAUCGGCUCUGCAGCAUCAAGUGCUACAUCGAUGGCCCCUAUGGGACCCCGACGCGGCAGAUCUUCACCUCGGAGCACGCUGUGCUCAUCGGCGCAGGCAUCGGCAUCACCCCCUUUGCCUCCAUUUUGCAGAGCAUCAUGUACCGUCAGAGAAAGCAGAGCUGCCCCAGCUGCCGCUACUCGUGGUGCGAGGACCUGCGGGACAAGGAGAUGACACUCCGGAAGGUUGAUUUUAUCUGGAUAAACCGGGACCAGAAGCACUUUGAGUGGUUCAUCAGCCUGUUAACCAAGCUGGAGAUGGAGCAGGCUGAGCAGGAGCCAGAAGGGCGGUUUUUGGAGAUGCACAUGUACAUGACAUCGGCCCUCAGCAAGAAUGACAUGAAGGCCAUUGGGCUACAGAUGGCCCUGGACCUGCUGGCCACCAAGGAGCAGAGGGACUCGAUCACGGGGCUGCGGACCAGGACCCAGCCUGGCCGCCCUGACUGGAACAAGGUAUUCGGGAAGGUGGCGGAGGAGAAGAGAGGGAAAGUCCAUGUCUUCUUCUGCGGUUCACCAGCGCUUGCCAAAGUCGUCAGGGUGCACUGUGAGCGCUUCGGCUUCCGCUUCUUCAAAGAAAAUUUCUAA